AUGUCAGAUAUUAUUGAGGUCUAUUUUCACCAUGGUGGUAACUUUACAAUGGGCCCUAACCCCAUAUAUGUUGAUGAGAAGGAUGUUGUAAUUGCUGAUAUUGAUAAAGACCAUUUCUCUUUAUUCGAGCUACUUGGUUUGAAAGUUGGUGAUGUGUUACAUUUUUAUAUUUCACAUGUGUGUGAAAACCCUGAGGUGGUGGAAGAUGUGGGCCCUACUGGACUUAUUUGUGGGUUAGAGGUAAAUGAUGCAUCUAGGGCAACAAUUGAUAGUGAUAUAAAUACUGGGGCUGGAGAAAACAUAGAAAACCCUAAAGAAAGACCUAAAGAAAGAGAAGAGGUUGAAGAGAGAGGGUCUGUAAAUGUUCCUAAUGUUGAAGAGAGAGGGUCUAUAAAUAUUCCUAAUGUUGAAGAGAGAGGGUUAACUGUUGAAGUUGAAGAGGAAGUGAAUGAUGAACAAACUGAUGAUGGAGACUCAUUUUUGGCUAGUAGUGAGUCAGAUCUGGAUAAAAUACCAGAUGAAGAUGAUAGUGAAGCUGAUGAAGAGUUAAUUUCUUUAAGGAAUGAAAGGAGAAGUACACUGAAGAAGCAAAUACCAAGGAGAAAGGAACCUGCUGUCACUACUGAGAUUCCCCUAAGUGAGGGAAAAAUAGAUAGAGGCUUUGAAGAUAUUGGAAAGAACAAGGCCUCCAAAUAUAAUGGAUGCUUAGCAGGGGAUGAGCAGUAUAUUGAUAGUUCUGCUGAAGAGUAUAGUGAAGAUUUAGAUGAUGAGCUGGAUGUGGAUGCUGAACCUGGUGUUGACUUGCCAAGUAGAAGGAAGAGCAACAAAUUAAGGUAUGAUCCGGAUUGCGUGGUUAGUAUUUUUGAGCUAGGCAUGGUAUUUGAGAAUGCUGAAGUAUUUAGAAAGGCAGUAGCUAAUUAUGCUGUUGAAUACCAUGUUCAAUUGAAACUUAAACCAAAUGAGCAGAAGAAAGUGAGGUGUAGGUGUAAGUCCAAGAUUUGUAAUUGGAGGUUGUAUGCUAGUGUUGAUAAAAAAUCAGGGGAUUUUAUGGUGAAAACUUACCAUCCAAUUCACAAGUGCACUCCACUUAACAAGAAUAAGAUGUGCAAUGCUAAGUUCAUAUCCAACAGAUUUAGGGAUAGGAUCACUUCUCAACCUACUAUUAGAAUUUGGGAAAUUCAGGACUUGGUUAGAGACCAGUUAGGGUUGUAUGUUGGUAGAACUAUAUGUCAUAGGGCAAAACAAAUAGUGCUUAAUAAGUUUAUGGGGGAUUGGAGGGAGGAGUUUGCAAGACUUUGUGAUUAUGCAGAACAAAUCAUUUUGAGUAAUCCUGGUAACACUUGCAUAGUGAAAACAGACAGAGAAAGUCAGCCUGGAGUGAACUUGUUUAAGUAUUUUUAUGUUUGUUUUGAUGCAAUGAAAAGGGGCUGGUUGGAGGGAUGCGGGGAAAUUAUUGGGUUUGAUGGUUGCUUCCUAAAAGGUGCAUGUAAGGGUGAACUUCUGGUGGCUGUUGGAAAAAAUGGGAAUCAGCAGAUGUUUCCCAUUGCUUGGGCUGUCAUUGACAAUGAGUCAAAAGAGUCAUGGACAUGGUUUAUUCAGAACUUAAUCAAUGAUUUGGGGCUGGGAAUUGGAGAUGGAAUUACAGUAAUGUCAGACAUGCAAAAGGGAUUGUUGAGCACACUGCUAGAUCUUUUACCAAAUGCUGAGCAUAGGAAAUGUGCUAGACAUAUAUGGGCUAAUUGGCAGAAAGAUUGGAAAGGUGAAGAAAGAAGAAAACAAUUCUGGAGGGUCUCUAAAGCAUCAUUUGAGGUAAAGUUGAGAGAAGAACUUGCAAAUUUAGAUAAACUUGGAAAAGACAUCUGUGAAGAUUUAUUGCAAUUUAACAAAGAGCACUGGUGUAGAGCCUAUUUUAAGGAACACUCUAAGUGUGAUGUAGUUGAAAACAAUAUGUGUGAGACCUUUAAUUCCUGGAUAUUAGCAGCUAGGCAUAAGUCUAUAAUUACCAUGCUAGAAGAGAUUAGGCAUAAAGUAAUUACUAGGCAUGUUGAAAUGAGAAGAUUAGCUGAGACAUGGAUUACUGAUAUUUCACCUAUGGCAAGGGUGAUGUUGGAAGAAAACAAGAAGCUGUCUAACAAAUGUGAAGUGUUGUGGAAUGGGCUAGAAGGGUUUGAGAUCAAGGAAUAUGAAUAUAGGUUCAUUGUACACUUGUGGAACAAAACAUGCACUUGUAGGCUGUGGCAGUUAAGAGGAAUCCCCUGCCAACAUGCAAUAUGUGCAUUCUACCAUCUAGGGGAUGAACCAUAUAAUCAUGUGGAACAUUGGUAUAGAAAGGAGACAUUUAUGAAGGCAUAUUCAUACUUUCUUGACCCACUGCCCAACAUGAAGAUGUGGCCUAAGACUAAUAACAUGAAGAUUGAACCUCCAGCACCAAAAGUAAUGCCUGGCAGACCAAAGAAAAAAAGAAGAAAGGAUAAAGAUGAACCAAGAAAGAAGUAUGGCAAGCUGUCCAAGAGAGGUGUGCAUAUGACAUGUUCAACAUGUCACCAACUAGGCCAUAACAAAAAGUCUUGUCCAGUAACAAAGGGUGGAAGUGGUAGAGGAAGUGGUCAAUCAAGGUCUGCACAGAAAAAGCCUAUAGGAAGUGGUGAAUCAAGCUCUGCACAGAAAAGGCCUACAGGAAGUGGUGAAUCAGUUGGGUUGAAAAGGGGUAGAGGAAGUGGUCAAUCAAGUUCUGCACAGAAAAGGCCUAAAAAUGCAGGCCUUGGAUGCUACAUAAACCCAACAACUGGAAGAACUGUCAUUAAUCCUGGUAGUUCAAGUGAGAGAGUUGUCAGGCAUGGGACUAUGAGGGACACCAGUGCAGUUAACAUUGAUCUUGGAUUUAAACCUCCUAGUCUGAAGUUCAAAGGUAAAAGUGUUGUCACAACCACACAGCUACAGCAGCAGUCUAGAAACAGGAGAAAUAUAACCACCAACAAGCCUUCUACCCAACCAGAAGCAAAGAAGAAGCCAAUUUGGAAAUCCUGAAUGUCUGUUCAAACAAUUUAGUUCUGAAUCUAUUGUGAAACAAUUUGGCAGUUUUAGCCAAGUAUUUUUAUGUGUCUUAUGUCCUUUGCAUGAAACUGUUAUUUUGCGUGUAACUGUUAUUUUGAUGGCUAGCCUAGUACUUCUAUUAAAUGUAACUAUUUUUUUGAUUAGUUAAAUGGUAGUUGGA